CAGGGAACUAUAAAGCACGCUCAUCCAGAAACGGCCUUACUUUUCUUCCUGGAGGCCGGAGUGAAGGGGCAUGGAGAGGCUGGCGGCCUGGGAGCCGCAGGGCGUGGAUGCGCUGCGACGCUUCCAAGGACUGCUGCUGGACCGCCGCGGACGGCUGCACGGCCAAGUGCUGCGCCUGCGCGAAGUGGCCCGGAGGCUCGAGCGGCUACGCAGGCGCUCCCUGGCGGCCAACGUGGCUGGCAGCUCUCUGAGCGCCGCGGGAGCGGUGGCCGCCAUCGUGGGGUUGUCACUCAGCCCGGUCACCCUGGGGGCCUCGCUCGUGGCGUCAGCCGUAGGCCUAGGGGUGGCCACGGCCGGAGGGGCAGUAACCGUCACGUCCGACCUCUCUCUGAUCUUCUGCAAUUCCCGGGAGGUGCGGAGGGUUCAGGAGAUCGCCGCCACCUGUCAGGACCAGAUGCGCGAGCUCCUGAGCUGCCUGGAGUUCUUCUGUCAGUGGCAGGGUCGCGGGGACCGCCAGCUGCUGCAGAGCGGGAGGGACGCCUCCAUGGCCCUUUACAACUCUGUGUACUUCAUUGUCUUCUUCGGCUCACGCGGCUUCCUCAUCCCCAGGCGUGCCGAGGGGGCCACCAAAGUCAGCCAGGCCGUACUGAAGGCCAAGAUUCAGAAACUGUCUGAGAGCCUGGAGUCCUGCACCGGCGCCCUGGAUGAAUUUAGUGAGCAGCUGGAGUCCCGGGUCCAGCUCUGCACCAAGGCCGGCCGUGGACACAACCUCAGGAUCUCUGCCGAUCAGGAUACAGCGUUGUUUUUCUAAGAACAUCCUUUACCUACACGGGAUGUUCUAGAUCUGUAGCAUCCACGGGGAAGUGCCACGUAGGUGGGGUGCAAAGGAUGACAGAAACUGUUCUUGUAGGGCGUUAGUCCUGAACUCCUUGUGUGUAAGGGACUUUUUCACUUGUGUAAUCCCAAUGGAGUAUGUGACCCUAAUCACGCACUUUGGGCGGCCGAGCGGGGCGGGACGUGGAGGGGGGGGGGCGCGAAAAUCCUUUUUGGCUGCACACAGCUGGCCAGAUUCUCCCAUUUUAGAGUUAUAAGGGGAGGGGUACUUUGAUGGUUUGAGCUGAAGUCUGGCGAGGUCCCUCUGGGACCUUUUUUUAAGUUCUUACUAGAAUCCUGGGAUUCUCAGAAGGUUGGCCAGACGGACUUUUGCUUUACAGCUCUGCUUCUACAGUUUCUGAUACACAGAACUCCGAAUCCAGAACAAGAAAGACCCGUUCUUGCCUUUGUUGGGUUGUAGAUGCAGGCUGGUCCUCUGAGCUUACUGGCCCUGCUCUUCCCGCCCCUGUCAAUUUAGAUACGAGACCCAACACUGGCUCAUUCUAAUGCUCCUUAACAUUUGAAAAUGAUGGCAAGAAAUAGUCAUUUCCAGCCAGGCGUGGUGGUCUAUACCUGUAAGGUUAACACUUGGAGAUGAAGACAAUCAGCAUCAUCCUUUGCUACACAGUAAACUCAAGGCCACCCAGGAUUGUAAGACCCUGAUCUCAAAAACCAAAACCAAACCAAAACAACAAAAAGUUAACCGGACUCCCUUCAAUAGACUUGUUCAAAGCCUCUGCAGGGGCUGUCAUCUUCAGAAUCACUCACAGAAAGCCCAGGAGACACUGUCCCACAUGUCAAGGAAAGACCCUGCUGCAUGCACAUAAAGCCGGUUACUCUGUCCGCUAUGAACUAGGAGAUGGAACACCACAGGCCCUCUAGAGGGCAGUGUCGCCCGUUCCUUGUGGAAACUGGUACCGAAAGGAAUGUGAAAUUACCAGAAAAACCCAUCUUUCUCUAGUCUCUGAAAACUCCAGAUGACAUAACUUUAUUUAUUUAAAAUGUGUUAUUUAAUUACUGCCUAUUAUUUACAUUUAAUUUUAUUUAACCAUCACGUUUAGAAAAUAAUAAGAAUAGUAACUAUCUGAAUGGGAGUCUCUUACGGCUCUUUUCAAGAGGACAAGUUUGAAGUUCUUAAAUGCCUUUUUCCCCUCAGAGGGUACUCUUUUCUCUAGUGCUUGACAUGAUUCUUGUAAGUAAAAUGGGGCAGUCCUGAAUAGAGAGGUAAAGCUGACUUUUAAACUAGGAAAUGGAAUCUUGGAUUGUAACUUAUGAAUGAUCAAGCCCAUGUGUCCUGAAGGUACUUUGCCAGAACAGAACACUUGACUUGAAUAGAAAACCUGUAAUUUAACUCAGGGACCGGGGGCAAACAGAGACGCGUGAAGGGGUAUUUUACCUUGGAAGCCUGAUGUCUUUUAAGUUUGUGUUAUGGCAGAGAUACGUUGUAUUUGGGGGUUGUAAGAACCUGUUAGCUACAUUUAAGAAAGUACUUCUAAUUUACUCAAUAUCUUCCUAAAUUAUCCUAAAAAAAUUAGUUGGAAAGUCUUUGGGACCAUACCCAAGAAAUCUUGGCUGUAUUUUUAAAUUAUUUAGUGUUACACAUGUGUAUAGCCCCUAUGCUUCCCAGUGAUGGCCUUGUGUCUGAAGAAAUGUAAUUUUGGCAUGAGGGGAAGGGGCUGCUGUUUCUAUAUUUGUUUUCUUCUAUAAAUUGUAAUUGGAUCACA